GGGCGGGCGGCCCAUGGAGCCCGGGCUGCUGCGGCCGGCGCCGGUGAGCGAGGUCAUCGUCUUGCACUACAACUACACAGGCAAGCUUCGCGGAGCACGCUACCAGCCCGGCGCCGGGCUGCGUGCGGACGCUGCCGUGUUCCUGGCCGUGUGCGCGCUCAUCGUGCUGGAGAACUUGGCGGUGCUGAUCGUGCUGGGGCGCCACUCGCGCUUCCAUGCGCCCAUGUUCCUGCUCCUGGGCAGCCUUACGCUGUCCGACCUGCUGGCGGGCGCGGUCUAUGCCGCCAACAUCCUGCUGUCGGGGCCUCUCACGCUGCGCCUGUCGCCCACGCUCUGGUUCGCGCGUGAAGGGGGCGUCUUCGUGGCGCUCGCCGCGUCCGUGCUGAGCCUCCUGGCCAUCGCGCUCGAGCGCCGCCUCACCAUGGCCCGCCGAGGACCCGCACCCGCCUCCCGUUGGGGACGCACGCUGGCGCUGGUGGCCGCCGCCUGGGGCGUGUCGGUGCUUCUCGGACUACUGCCCUCGCUCGGCUGGAACUGCCUGGGCCGCCUGGACGCCUGCUCCACCGUCCUGCCGCUCUACGCCAAGGCCUACGUGCUCUUCUGUGUGCUCGCCUUCCUCGGCAUCCUGGCCGCCAUCUGCGCGCUCUACGCGCGCAUCUACUGCCAGGUGCGUGCCAACGCGCGCCGCCUGCGGGAGCGCCCCCGGGCCGCCGGGGGCGCCUCCGCUCGGGCACGCCACACGCCGCGCUCGCUGGCCCUGCUGCGCACGCUCAGCGUGGUGCUCCUGGCCUUCGUGGUGUGCUGGGGCCCUCUCUUCCUGCUGCUCUUACUCGACGUGGCGUGCCCAGCGCGCGCCUGCCCCGUGCUCCUGCAGGCCGACCCCUUCCUGGGUCUGGCCAUGGCCAACUCGCUUCUGAACCCGAUCAUUUACACGCUCACCAACCGCGACCUGCGCAACGCCCUCCUGUGUCUCGGCCGCCGCGGCCGCUGCCCCUGCAGCAGAGGGCACGGCGCCUCCCAGGGGUCCGAGAGCGCUGCUGGGGCUUCGGGACGCUUGAGCCGCUCGCUGCCCCCUGGCUUGGACGGCAGCUCCAGCCGCUCCGAGCGCUCCUCACCCCAGCGGGACGGGCCGGACACUAGCGGCUCCACUGGCGGCCCGGGUGCGCCCACAGCCGCCCGGACCCUGGUACCGGCACCUGCCGCAGACUGACGCCCUUUGGCCUGCCGUUGCCCUCCCGAAGACCUGUUUUUGCAGACUUUUCUUCUUAAAGGAAUUUGUAGGAAAAGCAGCCGAAGGUGGUGGAGACAGAAGAGAUGAAGGGAAAUGUGUUUUAUUGAUGCUAAACCCCACAGCAGUGAACAAACAAAACAGACAAGAAUCGCGGCCCUUGUGGAAUUGACAUUCUGAUGGGGGGCACGGGCAGUAUCGGAGUGGGGAAAUCAUGGAGAUAAUUCCAGCUGCAAUACCUUGAUGCGAUGGUGGUCAGGGGAUGCUUCUCUGCUGGAGUGGUGACAUAUGAUGUAAACUGAGAGGUCAUUGCCCUGGGGGCACUUGAAAGAAGAGCAUUUCACGGUGAGGAACAGCAGUGCAAAGGCCCUGAGGCUGGAACAUGCCUGCGUGUUCUAUGAAAAGCAAAGAUCCCCUCACGGCUGGAGCAGCGCUGGAGGGGGUGGAUGGUGGGAGAAACAAAGGCAGGGAGAUGAUGGGACCCACAGUGCAGAGCCCUGUGGGACCCCUGGAGGACUUUGGUUUUGCUCUGAGGUGAGAGGCAGAAGGAGGACUUGAUAUGCUUCAGCUGUUCACAGGUCUCUGUAAGGGUGAAAGUAGAAGCUAGAACAAGGUGAAGGUGCCCGCACUGGUCCAGGGGAGCAGCGAUGGGGACUCGGACCAUGUGGAUUCUGAAUAGAUCUUGGAGACAGCAGACAGGAUUCCCGAGAAAUGGAGUGUGAGAGAAAGAAAAAAAUCAAGGACAGUUUCCCUCCCCGGUUUAGAGGAGAGGAUACCAAAGACAGGGCAGACCUAAAAUUUGACUGUGGGAGACUCAGCCAGUUCCUCUCAGAAACAGGAUUUCUCUGAGCGUGGUGUCAGAUCCUUCGUAAAAAAGUGAAAAUAUAAUAAAAUAAGGAGAACAGUUACAGCUUAUUGCGUCUGGCUAGUCAUCCCCACAGUGGUAGGCCCAGGACGCCCCUCUCACCCUUACUGCAACCUUGCAAAGUGGGUUUCCUCACCCUGAUUUGACAGAUGAGGAAAUUCCAAGCAGUGAGUACCUUGCCUGGUGUCUGGGCUAGGAUAAUACUGACCCGGACUGUCAGGCCCGGGGCCCUAAGAAGGGCAGGCCUGAUGUCUGGUUCUGGUGGAGGGGUGUGGCAAAGCCAGACGCUCCCUGCCUCGGUGGUCUGCAUUCUUGUCUGGGGGGGGGGGCCCUCUUUGUGCCCAUGAGAAGCUCCAGGCCUGCUGGCUGUGGCCACAGGACAUCCCUAGAUGCAUUCCCGACCCUAGUGCCACAUUGCUGACCCAGGGGAGGGGCGGGGGGCUUCGGGCUCCAGGAGACCCUACAACUGCAGGCAGCCACAAAGACAGCAGUGUCUUUUGGGGGCCACUGACCCAGCCUGGAGGCCUGAGUGUCCCGCUGACUUCGCUCAGGGCGUCCCUGAAGGCCACACGCACCGGAAAUCAACCUAUUUCCUGGAACACAAACACACUCAAGGCUGGACACUCCCAGGACUGGACCUAAUCCUCCCCCCGCCCCCACUCCCGCCGCCCCGGCCUGGCACCCCUAACCCCAGACUCCUUUAUCUUCCAGGGGAACCUGAAGCUCGCUCCUUCGUUGGGUUGUUUGAUAGUGUGAUGGUAGGGGACUUAUCCACUCGGUCCAAUUUUACAAAAUUUGAAAAGCACCAGUUCCCCUUUUCGGACGUGAUCACCACGGGGAUUCCUUGGAAAGUUCCAGAGCUGUUCUGCGGAUAAAUGAGCUGACAUGUAAACACUUUUCUCUCUUUGUACAACUCUAGCAUUGCUUUGCACCUUGCUUUGUUCACUUAAUAGUAGAU